AUGGCAACCCAUCGUGACGAAGAGACCGUUUUGACACCAGAUGAGCGGGCUCCUUUACUCGCUCACAGACAUUCACGAGAUGACGCGCGUUCGCUUUCGGGAAAUAGUGAUUUAUCCUCAAAAGCACAGGACACGCCCUCAAGAUACUGGCGGUACGCUUGGAGAGGAUUCUGGAUUGUACUUGCGACACUCAUCCUCGCCGUAUUCAUAAAAGGAUGGAUUGAUGCAGAUGAUGUCGACUUUGACCUCAAAAAAGCACUAAAGCGCGCCCUCGGAGGCGGAUUGAGCGGUGCAGCAGCCAUGAUUCUUCAAGUUCUACUAUUAAUGCCGAUACGUACCAUCAUGAACUACCAGUAUCGCCAUGGAUCAUCAUUGUCAGUCGCAACGAAAACGCUCUACCAAGAUGGCGGCGUUGGAAGAUACUACCAGGGCAUGAAAGCUGCACUUUUCCAAGGCCCAAUUGCACGGUUCGGAGACACCGCAGCCAAUGCCGGUAUUCUGGCCUUACUGCAAAGUAACGCCUAUCUCAAAGGAUUACCGUCACCUAUCAAAACCAUCUUUGCUUCGCUCUGUGCCGCCGCGUUCAGAAUGCUCCUUACCCCCAUCGAUACUCUCAAAACCACACUUCAGGCCCAAGGAUCUCGCGGGACGGCCUUGCUUCGACAGCGCAUUCGAACAGAUGGUAUUGGAAGUCUGUGGUGGGGAGCAUUUGCUACAGCAGCCGCAACCUUUGUCGGACAUUAUCCUUGGUUUGCAACAUAUAACUUUCUUUCCGACAUUAUGACCGAGCCACCGAGACAACAAAUUGUGCCGUGGUUGCUUCGAGCCGCGUUCAUUGGGUUCUGCGCGUCUGUCGUUUCAGAUACCAUCUCCAACUCUCUCAGAGUUGUCAAGACUUACCGACAAGUCAACGACACUAGGAUUUCCUACACCGAAGCUGCCAAACGAGUCAUUCGCCAAGAUGGCAGAUUGGCCCUCUUCGGACGAGGAUUGAAGACCAGGAUAAUCGCAAAUGGUCUGCAGGGAAUCCUCUUUUCCAUUCUUUGGAAGUUAUUUUUGAAGAUUUGGGAGGAUAAGACUGGUGACAGCAAGCGUGCCCUUGACAAUUCAAGCGUUCGAUAG